UCACUUUACUCGUUUCGUCUCUUCGGUCUCUCUGUCUCUCUCUCUCUAUCUCUCUUCUCAUCUGUCUUUCCUAUCCGUCUGUCGGUUUUUUCGUGUCGUCUUUUCCUCGUUCGGUUUUUAUUUUGAACAUUUUAUAAUUUUGAGAAAAAGUUUGAAAACUGCAUAUUUAGUGCCUCGAGAAGAUCAGUGAAGAAGAAAAGCGCUAAACUUAUUUGAGGAGGCUGUGAAAAAAGAGGAAAAUCCAGGAAGCAGAACAAAAAAAAAUGUGCUAGUGUGAAAAAGUGCAGCAGGCUGUGCCCCCCUUUUUCCUUGUUUUCUUCUUCCCAUCGUCUUGUUCCUGUUACUCCUCCCACUCCCCCAAUAUAAUAACUUCGCCAGGAUCAUUCUCCUCCUCUCUAAGCAGCAGCAACAUCAUCGUCCUAUCCUAUACACACACGCUCUGUCUCCCCGUGUUUUCAAUUUUUCCCCCAGGAUUACUUUCGAUUAGUUCGAUUUUGGUGUUAAAGAAGUAGGAAAAGUGUUCGCGAGUGUUAUAUAGUGUCACCCCCUCUCUCCCCGUUGUUAAGUGUUGUUUGUGUGUUAGCCUACUGUGAUUGCGUAGUGUCAGUUUUUUUUUCCGGGAUGGAGUAACACGCAAAAAGUGCCCGAUUUUCUCAAGGAUUUUCCUCACGAGACACACGAGAUUUUUCCUUGAUCCUUGCGAAGUGUGGUACCUCCUCCUUCUUCUCCUCAUCUGACCAGCGAGUGGUUGUGUCAACGCGUUCCUUCACCACCAGAAAAGACAGACGGAAAAUCGAGCGGUGUAUCAUGGAUUCCAAAGCUUCCAUCAAAGGUCCCUUCCUGUCACAGCAGCAAGAGGACUUCCAUCCGUUCAUCGAGGCCCUGCUGCCGUACGUCAAGUCGUUCAGCUACACUUGGUUCAACCUGCAGGCCGCGAAACGGCGCUACCUGAAGAAGCACGAGAAGAAGAUGACCCACAACGAGGAGAACAAGUGCAAGCGGGACUUUCAGAACGAAAACCCGGAAACGAAGCAAAAGUGGGCCGCCCGGCUGCUCGGGAAGCUCCGCAAGGACAUCACCCACGACAGCCGGGAGAACUUUGUGCACUGCAUCUCGAAGAAGAAAACGUCCAUGUGCAUCCUGUCCAACCCGGACCAGAAGGGCAAAAUGCGCCGAAUAGAUUGCCUGCGGCAGGCCGACAAGGUUUGGCGCCUGGACCUCGUCAUGGUGAUCCUGUUCAAGGCGAUCCCCCUCGAAAGCACCGACGGCGAACGGCUCGAGAAGGCGUGCUUCUGCACCAGCCCGAGCCUCUGCAUCAAUCCGUACCACAUACAAGUAUUAAUCAAGGAGUUGGAUCUCUAUCUGGCCAACUUUAUCAAAUCGACGAGGAAAACCAGGGUGAAAAGUCGCACAACUCGUCGUCGUCGGGCCGCGGCGGCAAAUAUUCCAAGGGAAACAAUGGCAACGGUAACAAUGGCAACAGUAACCACAACAACAACAGCCACAGCCAUCACAGCAGCCGGGCCUUUUCGUACGACUUUAUCGCGCCGACCGGCGUCUUCACCUCGUCCGAGCUGUGGAGCAUCACGCAAGGUUUUCUUUUCAGGACUGGAUUUGUGUAUUUUCUUCAGUCUCUUUCCAGGUUUAAAGUACUUUUCCUUAGAAUAUCUUUUCAGAAUGUCCCCCAUUUACCCUGAUGGUGAUUAGAAUGCUGUGAUAUAA